UACAAAUACAAGUGUGUUUCUUUGUGGUUUUUGAGUGUAACUAAACGUAUGUAACAAGCAGCUUGGGCUUGAAACUCUAUUUUAACCGAUUUUUAUAGAAUUCUAUGAUUUAAAAGCAGUGAAUUGGUGAAGUUUUAAAAACUAUGGAUUGUGGGGAAUUAAGGACUCCAGAGGAGGCGAGGAAGAUAAUAAAAACCGCUAAACUCCACGAGUCCGAGCUGACAGAAAUCACACAAGUACUUAGGUUCCCGAAUCCGAGCGAACAGAAUGACAGGCUGAAACUCAUGUUAUUAGACGAUAAUCUCCUGAAAGAAAUUGAAGCUGGGAACGACCUGAUGUUUAAAGGAGACCCAGACGAAAACGUAGUACUAUGCACAAACACUAAAACGUACGACGUAAAAGAAGCAGAAACAUCCAACAGUCUCCUUUUAGUCCCAGAGUUACUGUUUGCAGCAUCGACAGGGCUAGACGAAACCAUUCAAAACGACUCCAUAGAAUCAGACUCCUCAUUCGACAAAUCAAAUGCAAGUUUGAACAAAUCCACAGAAUCCGACGAAGGAUCCAAACCGCCAAGACAGAUAGUCCACAAAGAUAUACUCAACACUUUCUUCACGUACUACGAAUUAAAACCUUGCAAGCCAAGAUUAACGAAAUUACGGAAGAUUCUGGAACCAACGAAAUAUCAGGGACUGGAACUAGAAUAUGCAGUUGAUAAGUCGAAAUUGUUAAGCUAUGAGGCUCUCUGUUACAAAAUCCAGGCUUCAAAAGCAGAACUGAAUGAGGAGUUAGAAAAGAUCCAAGCUGUAUUAUUGGAUGGUCAUUAUAGGUUAUUAGAAUUUGAAUACGAAUUUCGUGUCCUAUCCUACAUGUUGGAUCUUAUUGAUGAGAAUUCCUGGCCUUUAGACAAAAUAUCUAGGGAAGUUACUAUAGAGAGUCUGAAAGAAUUAGUUCCUUUGCCAAUCUUGGAGGCUAUGUUCAGAUUUUAUACUAAUCCGUCGGUUGAGGAAGAUGGCGUUCAGUUCUACCAGUAUAAGCAAAAUAAAGUUUGCAAGUUUUUGGCCAGAGUGUUAUUGAAGAGUGCUGGGAAAUUUAAUUUGGAAGAGUUUUUACAAGCUUGGAAGGACUCCGUUCCUGAUGGUAUGGUGACUGAUGAAUCUCUCCUAUCUGGUAUCGCAUUAGUGGACAAAUCCAGCACACCUCAAGUAGUUUGGGGAUUUGCUGAGACCGAUCUGCCGGAAGAAAUUAAUGAGCGAUUCAAAAUAUUAUUCCAAACUAAACCCAAAUGGACUGUCGAUCAGAUAUCGCCGUAUAUUGAAUGCUACGCAACAGAGAAACUGAAUGUAAAUGCAUUGCUAACGAAGUAUGCGCGGGCGUCCACACAAGAUGGCGUGAGAGUGUUCUCAGCUAAACAUAUGAAAUGAAAUGUAAGUGUAUAGUUAUAAAUAAUCUGUGUAAACAUGUAGUGGGUACAAAGGAAUAAAAUUCAAAGUUACUCACUGAAUAAUACGUUUUAUUUAAAAAUUAACUUACAUACAAAAUAUUUUAAACAUUAUUUUGAUGAGUAAAUUCAUUAUCAUAUCAUAUUAUACAUAAUUAUCAUCUUAUUCAUAUAAUUAUUUACCUAAAUAACACAGCCUUCUUGUUCGUCAUUACUACGUUCUUAAGCCAGCAUUUUUCUUUACAUCCAAUUCUAUUAUUUUAUAAAAACAAUUGUACGACCAGCGUUCGAUAAAGAGAAUACAUAUAAAAGGAAUGUUUGCAAAGACUAUGAGAGAAAAAACAUAUAAGUAGUAUCUUUACAUUCCGAAAAACUUAAUUAAAAACUCUUAAAGCUAUAUUUCUUUGGUAUAAAUUAAGAUUGCUGCACAUUGUUCCUCAAUUUGUUUAGUUCGUCCCACAUUUCUUGGGGCAAGUCUUGGCCAACUUCUUCCUUGAAAUACUUUUCGAUAGCGUCUGCUUCUUGAAGCCAGAAGUCCUUGGGUAUGCUGAACAGACUCUUCAUGUCGAUGGGGCCGAGGUUCUGUGUGUUGAGAUCGCCCUCAGCGGGGAUGUUUCCAAGUGGAGACUCCGUGUAGCAAGGUUCGUCGUCACAACGGCGCAGGAUCCAGUCAAGCACACGAGAGUUCUCGCCGAAACCAGGCCAGAGGAACUUACCCUGGAGAGGCAAAAGAAAAUUAGUCAAAUGUUAGAUUGGGAUUGAAAACUGA